AUGGGCGAAGAUAGCAGCGUAGAGAUCUCGGACGUCGAGCUUAGCGAGGACGAAGCUCCUGCUCCAGACAAAGAGGAAAAAGGCAAAAUUGCACCUCUGGAGGAUGAUCUUGCGGAUCGAACCUAUGACGAUGAUGAUGACGAUGAUGAUGAGGAGGAGGAAGAGGACCAAGAUGGUUUGUUGCUUGUGAAGCAAGAAAAAUUUUACGAACGUCUUAAUCACUUCAUGGAUGUCCAGAGAAAACUUCAGGAGCGUAUGAAGAAAAUCGAUCCUGACAAUAGAUUGGCCAAAAUUGAAGUGGAAGAUCACUCUGGUGGAAUCCAAGAGGAAGACGGCAUGUUCAAAGUUAAAUACCAGCAAAAAGAUGCUGAAGGAGAGCCGGCGAGUAACCUUGGAGAAGUCUACGAGGCUGCUUAUCAAAUCAAGCAGGCAUUGCGAGAUCUACUCGAUUCAAUGGCUGACAAAGUUAAGGGGCUUGACUAUGUUGAUUGCCAAAUUCACGAGCUCAAACCACGUGACAGAGCAAACGACAAAGCUCGUGAAGAAUACCUUUUCCGCUCUCCAGGGCCAGCAGAGAGUUGGAUUUACGAUGUUCUUCGGUCGACGGUCAUUUGCAAGACGAUGAAGCAAGUUGAAUCUGUGGCUAAAUUUUUGGGAAAGAAAGCACACAUUGUUCAAGUCAAGAACCGUUUCCGCCGACCUGCAUACAGUGGGUACCGCGACAUCAUAUACCACGUUUUGCUUGAUUGGCCUUACAAGGCGGGAGUUCAGUUCGUUGCCGAGAUUCAAGUUCACCACAAAGAUGUCUUGAACCUUGAAAAGAUGUUCGGUCUGCGAAACCACUACCUAUUCUUCCGUCCUAUCUUCGCGGGUCCAAUGCGAUCCACUGUUGAGACGCUUCGUGACUUGGCCUUGAUUCAUAAAUCAGGAAAGAUCGAUGAUGCCUUGAUGGGCAAGAUCCUCGAAUUUGAAGAUCCUGACCAGCUCUUCACCUUUGCUAGAAUUUUCUACUUGCAGCUCGAGGAUUACGAUCGUGCGCUAGAGAUCUAUUCUCGUGUCUUGACAUUGCAAGAGUCCACAAUUGGAGAAGUUCAUGCUCAGACUGCUGCGACAUACCAAGAUAUUGGUCUUGUUCAAGCUGAGAAGGGACUCUUCGAUAAUGGGCUACGAAACCUGCAAAAGUGUCUUGAAAUCCAAGAAGAGGUCUUUGGUGCUUAUAGUCCUGAAGUCGCCAUCACUCGAAGCCUUCUUGGUGCAACCAUUGUUCGACGUGGUGAUGACGGAGAUGAGCUCAUGGAGCACCGUGGAGCUUUACAACAGUACAGAAAGGCGCUUGUGAUCCGAGAAAGAUGCCUGGGAGAGGAUCACCUGGAUGUCGCUGGUUCUUAUCAAAACAUUGGAGCCUCCUUGUGCAAGUUGGGCGAUUUUCAAGGAGCCUUGGCUGCUUAUCGCGAGUCUCUUUCGAUUUUGGAAUCCUUGCUGGGAGAAAAUCAUGCUGAAGUAGCCGUCGGCCAUAGCUUGUUGGGUAGCGUGCUAUAUCAGCAAGGAGAUUUCCAAGGAGCAAUGGAAGAGUACAGUAUUGCUCUUGCCAUUCGUGAGGAAGUCUUUGGAAAGACCCACGCAACUUCUGCUGAAUCUCACACCGAGAUUGGUAAGUUGCUUGCUGAAGUCCAAGACUACGAUGAAGCCGAGUCACGACACAGAAAGGCUCUGCGUAUCCGCGAUACUGUCGUUGGGCGAACUAGUCCCGAGGCAGCUGAAUCGCACUACUACCUUGGUUACGUCUUGAACAAGAAGGGAGACUACGAAGAAGCAUUGAAGGAACACAAACUCGCUCACUCGAUCCGCUUCAAGGUAUUCAGUAAGAAGCACCCUGAUACCAAGGCAUCUCUAAGAAGCAUCCGCAUCAACGAGAAUAAGCAAGAAGAGCCUUAG